AGAGAGGGAGAGGGAGAGGGAGAGGGAGAGGGAGAGGGAGAGGGCCGCUCUAGCCUAACCCGCGUCGCUCUAGCCCGUGCGCGUCCUUGGUGCGGCCUAUCCGGCUCCGAAGCGGGGAAGCGGCGCCUGCGAGCUCGCCGAGGCUGCGGCCGGCUCUGAGAAGCCGGCUGCUGCUGUUGCCCGGGAGGGGUCGCCUGUGGGCCUUCCCCCCCUCCGCCCCUCGCCAUGUCCGCCAGCGCCGUUUACGUGCUGGACCUCAAAGGGAAGGUCCUCAUCUGCAGAAAUUACCGUGGCGAUGUGGACAUGUCAGAAGUGGAGCAUUUUAUGCCGAUCCUCAUGGAGAAGGAAGAGGAAGGGACUCUGUCUCCUAUCCUGGCCCACGGAGGCGUCCGAUUUAUGUGGAUCAAACACAACAACUUAUAUCUGGUUGCCACCUCUAAGAAGAACGCCUGUGUCUCUCUGGUGUUUUCCUUCCUCUACAAGGUUGUUCAGGUGUUUUCCGAGUAUUUCAAAGAGCUGGAGGAAGAGAGCAUCCGGGACAACUUUGUGAUCAUUUACGAACUCUUAGACGAGCUGAUGGAUUUUGGAUACCCGCAGACCACGGACAGCAAGAUUUUACAAGAGUAUAUAACCCAAGAAGGUCACAAGCUGGAGACGGGAGCACCACGCCCUCCGGCCACCGUCACCAACGCCGUGUCUUGGCGUUCGGAAGGGAUCAAGUACCGGAAAAACGAGGUCUUCUUGGACGUCAUCGAAUCGGUCAACCUCUUGGUGAGCGCCAAUGGGAACGUUCUGCGCAGCGAGAUCGUGGGCUCCAUUAAAAUGAGGGUCUUCCUCUCCGGGAUGCCGGAACUCCGCCUGGGCUUAAAUGACAAAGUCCUCUUCGACAACACUGGCCGAGGCAAAAGCAAAUCAGUGGAACUGGAGGAUGUGAAGUUCCACCAGUGUGUCCGUCUCUCUCGCUUUGAAAACGACAGGACUAUUUCGUUCAUCCCACCCGAUGGCGAGUUUGAGCUCAUGUCUUAUCGCCUGAACACUCACGUGAAACCCCUGAUCUGGAUCGAGUCGGUCAUAGAGAAGCAUUCCCACAGCCGCAUAGAGUAUAUGAUCAAGGCCAAGAGCCAGUUCAAGCGCAGGUCGACGGCCAACAACGUGGAAAUCCACAUCCCUGUCCCGAACGACGCGGAUUCGCCAAAGUUCAAAACCACCGUCGGGAGCGUGAAGUGGGUGCCCGAGAACAGCGCCAUCGUCUGGUCGGUCAAGUCUUUCCCGGGAGGGAAGGAGUACUUGAUGCGAGCUCACUUUGGGCUCCCCAGCGUGGAAGCAGAGGACAAAGAGGGGAAGCCGCCCAUCAGCGUUAAGUUCGAAAUCCCCUACUUCACAACUUCCGGCAUCCAGGUACGCUACUUGAAGAUAAUUGAGAAGAGCGGCUACCAGGCCCUACCUUGGGUCCGCUACAUCACUCAGAACGGAGAUUAUCAACUCCGGACGCAGUGAGGGCCGUCGGAACAGCCACGACUGAGGAAACAGUGCAUCUUCCUGUUCAGAAACGCGUUUGGUGCUCAGAAGGUGGUCCUCGGGGUGGGGGGGUGGGGAAGGUUUGGCCGUCUGGAAGCGGGACCGAGCCCAAGUCCCAAAUCCGGCAGCCUUUGGCACAGACCUUGUGAAUGUGUGUGUUUCUCUUGUUCAGUGUUAAUCACGUUAGGAGUUAGCUGUUGCCUUGAGAGAGAGCCGACCUCAGGAAAAGCCUGGCCAGUCUUAUUUCCGCUCUUCAGAAGCCUAAGCACCAUUUGCAGCCCGUUCUGGAACCGCUUCCGAGUAUUAGCCCAAGCCCUUCUUGCCAGAGAAACGCUUGCUUGACCUCUGCGGACGCCCCUCAAAGUCCCCACACUUAUUAGCGCAGGCCUGUUUUGCCAACAGAUUCAGAACGGAGGCUCCGAACGACUCAUCGCUUGCAGAAAACCCGCUGUCUCUCCUUCCCACGAGGGCAGGGAAUUCAAAGCGGGCGGACUGAGCAAAUUGGCACCAAUUCUGGAGCCAAGGGGGAAGGAAGAAAGGCAUCCGAUUCCUGCAGUUUCCACAAGCGGCAGCUGAGCUGGCAAAUCCUUGCCCAGACCGAGCCGCUCACGGGAUGGGGUGUUCCUUGGUGGUAGAAAAGUUCCUGCAGUUGGAAAACCAGCCUCAUUUUUGGGUGGGGCGAACCUUCCUCGCCAUGUUUUGCCACGAUGUCUGACGCUGCUAAUGAAAAGGCGGCAAUCGGGUCUCCCAGCAGAAGAAAUGGGCGCACAGAGUUCUUGCGAGCGAUUGGCUUGGUGUGUGUAGAAAAUUGGAUGGCUGUCGAUGCUUUUCUUCCUUCCUCUCCCCCCCCCCCAGUUCCAUCUGCUCCUGAGCAAUUUGCCUUUGCUCAGUGACCAGUCGGGCUUUGCUGUUUAGGAAGCACAUAUUUCCACCCCCCCCACCCCCAUGUCAGCUUUCUUUCAUUCUGCCUCCUUCCCUUCCCCGGAGCUCUGGCUCGAAACGCCUGCAGUGCCAGUAAUCCAGUGCUCGAGUUUGCCUUUCCCAAGAGUAAAUAAAGCCAAGUUUGGGAUCUCUUCACCUUCCUUUAGCGUGUCAGAGGCCCUGCCGGAGCCACAGGAAAAGCUGCCUAGCACCCCAUUGUGGAUCUUGGUGCAGAAACGAGGGUUCCUCAGUGGUUGCAUGUAAAGGUUUUCUGCUACGGACUGGCUCGGGGUGACGCUUGGGGCCGGGUUAGCGUUACCUGCUGAAGCCAGGUUGAAGAUGGGACCACCGCUGCCCCCUCCUCGCCCCCAGCCGUCGGAAACGCCACCAGGCAAGCAAACCACCGUUCCUGCCGAAUAGGCCAUUGUUAACUUGUUGCCGAAACGUCUGUUUCAAAUAAAUUGAGCUUCUCUUGGUCAGUAUUUGGGCUGGAAACUGA